AUGAGCUACAGAAGGGAGCACCGUUCCUCCAAAUCAGCUCUUUUAGAUGGUCUUGAGGAAGGUGGUCUUAGGGCCUCCUCCUCAUACUCCCGUGACAUUAAUGAGCAUGACAAUGACAAAGCCGUGCAAAGUUUACAAGACAGAGUUGUUUUUCUGAAGAGAUUAACAGGUGAUAUACAUGAAGAGGUGGAGAGUCAUAGUCAUUUGCUUGACCGAAUGGGCAAUCACAUGGAUGCAUCAAGGGGUAUAUUGUCUGGAACCAUGGAUCGGUUUAAGAUGGUAUUUGAGAAAAAAUCAAGCCGGAGAAUGUGUAGACUUGUGGCAUAUUUUGUGGUUUCCUUCUUAAUCAUAUACGUUCUCUUUAGUAUGCAUUGUAUUCUGAUAGAGAUGCUUAUGCUUUUGACUGAUGGACAAAUUGAUCACAGGAAAAGAGAGAUCAAAAGUAUGCGAGUGGGAAGGUGGGAAGGUGGGGUUGGUGAGAUGGAGAUUGUUAAGAUGCAUAUGUGGAAAGUGGGAGUGGAUGUCUGUCAUUAUUAA